AUGACUAGAUUGGUGAUAUCCACAUCUACGUUCCAAUCUCAGGUAGCGGACCUUCUUCCGUGUAACAAAUAUAAGAAAUCACAAUUGACACAUUCAUUGAUUGAAAGUACUGGUUUACUGAACUCAUUUGACCACGUCAUAUCUGAUUUCAUUUGUUCGAAGGAUGAUUUAUUACAAUUUCACUCCAAGGAUUACAUUGAGCUAUUAAUGGACAAUAAAUAUAACACAGUUUUACCAUACGAUGUGGAAGAAAGUUCAUGGAAUGAAUUAAAUGAAAUCUCCACCAGUUGGCACGAAUCUAAGAAUGAAGCUGAAUUCAAACGGUUUACUUCUCGAGAGAAACUUUAUGAACAUUUUAAACAGCUCUCUCCAAAGGAAAAACCCAUCAAUGGAAAACGUUCAGCUUGGGAUGCAUUAUUAGAUUCAGAUCCAGAUGAAGAGGUCCAACAGAAUGAAACUCUCGAAGGUAAUGCUGAAAUAAAGGCUACUCUUAUGAAGGAGCAUAACCUAGAAGGUGACUGCCCCCUCUUUUCUUAUAUUCCAAUGUACACACAGGUGGUAACUGGUGCCACAUUGUCCUUGUCAAAAUUUCUCCAACCGAAUAGCGAACGAAGCAUUGCGAUCAAUUGGGAUGGUGGAAGACACCAUGCAUUUAAAAAUAAGGCAAGUGGGUUUUGUUACGUUAAUGAUAUUGUUUUAUUGAUUCAAAAAAUAAGAAAAAAUGGAUUCAAAAACAUUUCUUAUGUGGAUUUUGAUCUGCAUCAUGGUGAUGGUGUUCAGAAAGCCUUUCAGUUCUCCAAAAAUGUACAGACCGUGUCAUUGCAUAUGUUUGAACCUGGUUUCUUUCCCUGUACAGGUUCAUUACAAGAAGCAAAAGCUGGAAGUUCUAUUGUAAAUAUCCCACUAUUACAUGGACUGGAUGGAACAUUUCUCAAACAAUUAACAAAGGACAUAAUUAUUCCAGUUGUAGAACAACAUGAGCCUGAAGUUCUAGUGAUUCAGUGUGGUGGUGAUGGUUUAAUUGGUGAUCAAUAUAACGAAUGGCAACUGACAAUUCAUGAUUUAUCAGGUGCUAUCAUGAAAUUGAUUAACACUUUUCCUUCUUGUUCUGUUGUAUUAUUGGGUGGUGGUGGCUAUAAUGAAAAAGUGAUGAGUAGAUUUUAUAAUUACUUGACCUGGAAUAUUGCAUUCGAGUACAGUAAGCGCCCACCGAGUGGCUUGUUUCUUUCGUCUGAGCUUAAUUUGCUCAUACCAGAUCAUGAAUUUAUCGAUGUUUACCAAGAUGAACAGUAUAAAUAUUGGAUAUAUGAGCAAGAAGGAAGCUCAAAAUAUAAGACUUUAAGAAACGAUAACAAAGUAGAUUUCGUAGCCGAAUUACGUGCUUACUAUGGUCAUGGUUUGCAGCCUCAAUUGCCCCAUGACGUAAGCGAAGAUAACUCACCUGGAACAGUACAUAUGAUGGUCCCCAAAUGA